AUGGAAGGAGGCGGCAAGCCCAACUCGUCGUCCAGCGGCCGGGACGAUGGCAACAGCGUCUUCCCCGCCAAGCCGCCCGCGACGGGCGCGGGGCCGGCCGGGGCCGAGAAGGGGUCGGGCAGCCCGCCGGGGGGCGGCGGGGCGGGCGCCAAGGAGCUGGGCAACUCCGUGUGCUUCAAGGUGGACGGCGGCGGCGAGGAGCCGGCCGGGGGCCUGGAGGACGCCGAGGGGCCCCGGCGGCAGUACGGCUUCAUGCAGAGGCAGUUCACCUCCAUGCUGCAGCCCGGCGUCAACAAAUUCUCCCUCCGCAUGUUUGGGAGCCAGAAGGCGGUGGAGAAGGAGCAGGAAAGGGUUAAAACUGCAGGCUUCUGGAUUAUCCACCCCUACAGCGAUUUCAGGUUUUAUUGGGAUUUAAUAAUGCUUAUAAUGAUGGUUGGAAAUCUGGUCAUCAUACCUGUUGGCAUCACGUUCUUCACAGAACAGACGACCACGCCGUGGAUUAUCUUCAAUGUGGCGUCAGACACAGUGUUCCUCUUGGACCUGAUCAUGAACUUCAGGACUGGGACUGUCAAUGAGGACAGUUCUGAAAUCAUCCUGGACCCUAAAGUGAUCAAGAUGAAUUAUUUAAAAAGCUGGUUCGUGGUUGACUUCAUCUCAUCCAUCCCAGUGGAUUAUAUCUUUCUCAUUGUAGAAAAAGGAAUGGACUCCGAAGUUUACAAGACGGCCAGGGCACUUCGCAUUGUGAGGUUUACAAAAAUUCUCAGUCUCUUGCGUUUAUUACGACUUUCAAGACUAAUAAGAUACAUACAUCAGUGGGAAGAGAUUUUCCACAUGACGUACGACCUGGCCAGCGCGGUGGUGCGCAUUUUCAACCUCAUCGGCAUGAUGCUGCUGCUCUGCCACUGGGACGGCUGCCUGCAGUUCCUGGUGCCGCUGCUGCAGGACUUCCCGCCCGACUGCUGGGUGUCGCUCAACGAGAUGGUGAACGACUCUUGGGGAAAGCAGUACUCGUAUGCGCUCUUCAAGGCCAUGAGUCACAUGCUGUGCAUCGGGUACGGAGCCCAGGCCCCGGUGAGCAUGUCCGACCUCUGGAUCACCAUGCUGAGCAUGAUCGUCGGGGCCACCUGCUACGCCAUGUUCGUGGGCCACGCCACGGCUCUGAUCCAGUCCCUGGAUUCCUCCCGGCGGCAGUAUCAAGAGAAGUACAAGCAAGUGGAACAAUAUAUGUCAUUCCAUAAAUUGCCAGCUGACAUGCGUCAGAAGAUUCACGAUUACUAUGAACACAGAUACCAAGGCAAAAUCUUUGAUGAGGAAAAUAUUCUCAAUGAACUCAAUGACCCUCUGAGAGAGGAGAUCGUCAACUUCAACUGCCGGAAACUGGUGGCCACUAUGCCUCUUUUUGCUAAUGCCGAUCCUAAUUUUGUGACUGCCAUGCUGAGCAAGCUGAGAUUUGAGGUGUUCCAGCCGGGAGAUUACAUCAUACGAGAAGGAGCUGUGGGUAAAAAAAUGUAUUUCAUUCAGCACGGCGUCGCUGGGGUCAUCACGAAAUCCAGCAAGGAGAUGAAGCUGACCGACGGCUCUUACUUUGGAGAGAUCUGCCUGCUGACCAAGGGACGCCGCACCGCCAGCGUCCGGGCUGAUACGUACUGUCGCCUGUAUUCCCUUUCUGUGGACAAUUUCAACGAGGUCCUGGAGGAGUACCCAAUGAUGAGAAGAGCCUUUGAGACGGUUGCCAUUGACCGACUAGAUCGGAUAGGAAAGAAAAAUUCAAUUCUUCUGCAAAAGUUCCAGAAGGAUCUUAACACUGGUGUUUUCAACAACCAGGAGAACGAGAUCCUGAAGCAGAUCGUGAAGCACGACAGGGAGAUGGUGCAGGCCGCCGCUCCCAUCAGCUACCCGCAGCUGCCGGCCCUGAACCCCGCCUCGGCGGCGGCCACGCCGACCUCGCGCGCCCGGACGCAGUCGCCGCCGGUGUACGCCGCGACCAGCCUGCCGCAUAGCAGCCUGCACUCCCCCAGCCCCAGCACGCAGACCCCGCCGCCGGCCGCCGUCCUCUCGCCCUGCUCCUACACCACGGCGGUCUGCAGCCCGCCCGUGCAGAGCCCGCUGGCCGCCCGGACUUUCCACUACGCCUCCCCGACCGCGUCCCAGGUGUCCCUCGUGCAUCAGCAGCAGCCGCCGCCGCCGCCGCCGCCGCAGCCGCCGCAGCAGCUCCCGCAGCCCCAGACCCCGCAGUCCCACCCGCAGUCCCCGCAGCCGCAGACGCCCGGCAGCUCCACGCCCAAGGCCGACGCGCACAAGAGCACGCAGGCUCUGCACAACACCAGCCUGAGCCGGGAGGUCAGGCCGCUCUCCGCCUCGCAGCCCUCGCUGCCCCACGAGCUUUCCAGCCUCAUUUCCAGACCUCAUCCCACGGUGGGCGAGUCCCUGGCCUCCAUCCCUCAGCCCGCGACGGCUGCCCACGGCGCGGGCCUGCAGGCGGCCGGCAGGGGCGCUGUGCCCCAGAGAGUCACCCUGUUCCGACAGAUGUCGUCGGGAGCCAUUCCUCCCAACCGGGGAGUCCCUCCUGCCCCCCCUCCACCAGCGGCUCCUCUGCAGAGAGAGUCCUCCUCAGUCUUACACACAGACCCAGAUGCGGAAAAGCCACGAUUUGCUUCGAAUUUAUGAUCCCUGCUGAUCGUCGAAGCGGACUCCAAUAAACUGAGCGUGAUCUCAGACCUUAUUUUAUUCUAUCUCCCGAUACAUCCCUAUAGCCAACUACGAAGAGAUAUUUUAGAGAGCUCUGGCCUACACGCAAAAUGUAAAAAUAUAUAUAUAUGUAUACAUAUACUAUUACAUAGAGAUCUAAAAUCCCAAGCGAAGUUCAAAAGACUUGUUUAGCAUUCAGUGUUAUAUGUCUUCCUUACUUUCAAUCAUUAAACGGUUUAAAAUGUUGUUGUAAGAUUAUUUAUUUUUAAUCUACCUUUACUUAAUUCCUUUGGUAUAUGUAUUUCUCUUUUUUAUGAAGAGUUCAGCGCCAACAAAACUCUGAUUUUAAAAAGGCAACUCGAGUGAGCUACUGAAUAGCACCAAUCAAACCUUCUUUCACUUGCUGUGUCUCCGCAUCCAAAUUGUUCAUCAUUAAUUAAGGAGGAUUAAACAGCAUCCCAUUUCCUAGAUCUAAAUUGUAUUUUGGUGCUUUCAAUUUUGAAUUAGGUUAAAGAAUUACAGUUAUAUUUGCUUGGCCACUGUAGGAGACUAGCGUUACCACUGUUAUGAGUAUCUCUAACCUCAAACACGUUUAUCAAUCUUUCAGAAAGCAAGGGGAUAUGUCUCUUCAUGUGUUAUUGGACUUUUACCAAGACUCAAUCAAUGUUAGUUGUAAAUAACUUUUUCAACCCCAAUAAAAAAUAGCUAUUCUGUGUUGUAUGAAGGUCAAAGUCAUCGUCUAAGAAUUUAGUUUUCUUGCUUCACUUCAAAACUUAGAGUUUUAAAUUUUACAAAACCUAAUUGUGACAAUUAUUCAAAUGUAAUGCAAUGGCUUGAAACCUACAAUGUUAUUUUAACCUGCAAUGUUUUAUGCAAAAUUGUAUGCUCGAUUCUACAAAUUGCUUGUAUUACACCAAAAACCAUUACUUUUCUUCCUUCUUGCCAUAAUCAAGCAUCUGAAAAUAGUCCCUGCAUGCUUUUUGGAAAAAAAAAAAAAAUAGGUUCAAAGCAGUCAUU